CACAGCUUUGCCUCCCCAACCCACCAACCUCCGCCAUGACGCCAUGCUGGCGCCCGGGCGGCCCGGAGCCGGGCCUCAGCCGGCCCUCGCCCGCGCCGUACGGGCUGUACGGGCCGUACCGGCAGGUUUGCCACCAAGGCAGAUAGCAUGGCCUUGGGUUUCCUCUGCCCUUGUGGCCUUCUACCGUUGCGCCGCGCGGCGCGCUCACCGCACGCCCUGCGCUCGUUGCGCUGCGCGCGGAACUGCCCGCGCGUCCGAAAGUGGGCCACGGUUGCCCAGCGUGUACUCGGCAGAGGAGGUGGCAGAGGCCUGUCAGAGCCAUGGUUCCCAGGUCUUCCAGCGGUUCCUGCAGGUUUUCGCCCGCUUCAGCGGCUGGGCCACGCGCGCGUGGGCGCAGUGGGGCAGCCGGCGGAGCGCGGAGGAGCAGCUGGCACAGGAGCUCAGAGAAGCUUUGGUGGAGCUGGGGCCCAGUUUUGUGAAGGUUGGGCAGAUGCUCUCCAGUCGUGUGGACUUGCUACCGCCAGCGUAUGUGGAGGAGCUGGGACGCCUCACGGACCGCGUGGCACCCUUCCCCAAAGAGGAAGCCGAAGCAAUCCUCAAAGAGGCUUGGCCAGAUCGCGCCCUGGAGGCCCUGCCGUCGCAGCCAGUAGCUGCAGCUUCUUUGGGGCAGGUUUACUGCCUCGACCUGGAGCAACAUGGCUGCGUGGCCGUGAAGGUACAGAGGCCUGGCAUUCGAGGGCAGAUUUGCGUCGACCUGUACAUCCUCCGCCACUUGGCCGGAUGGGUCCAACGCUUCUUCCAACUCAAUACCGAUCUUCCUGCGUUGGUGGACGAGUAUGGGGCACGCUUAGUGGAUGAGCUCGACUUCACACGAGAGGCCGAGCGCUCCGUUGCCUUCUCCCGCUUCGCCAGCAAGCUCUCCUUGGGUUCCGUCACCACGGCACGGCCCGUCCCAGAGCUGACCACGUCUUCAGUCCUGGUCACCGAAUGGGUGCAGGGCGAACGCUUGGAGCUCACGGCCGCUCGCGACCUGGAGGAGGCCCAGCGGCUCCAAGCCGUGGCCAUGACCUGCUAUCUGGCCAUGUUGCUGGAGCUCGGAUCACUUCAUGCGGACCCACAUUGGGGAAACCUCUUGCGAAGAGAGGAUGGGGUGCUGGUCAUCAUCGACUGGGGGCUCGUGGCGGACAUCGACGAUGGCCUCCGGAGGCAGAUCCUCCGCUACGUGGCCAACAUUUUGUCAAACGACUACGACGCCAUCCCUGCCGACUUGGUGGCCAUGGGUUUCAUUGCCCCUCGUGGGCUUAUGGCCAUGGAGGAAAAGCAGGUGGCUCGCUCCAUCAGUGACGUCUUCCAAAGCUUGGCUGCAGGUGGUACAGCCCAACAGCGAAUCGCGGACGUUCUGCCUGCGUUGGCGGAGAUCAAGCAGCAACACGGGAGCAUUGGGCAGAUCCCAGCGCCCUUCGUGUACAUCUUGCGGUGCUUCAGCAUUCUGGAGGGGCAUGGACUCCGCUUGGAUCGCAACUACCGCAUCGUGGAGGAUUGCUACCCGUAUUUGGCCAACUGGGCCCUCCGGGCCAAAGCCUCGGAGGCUCCCCUCAUCCGAAGCGUCUUGUAUGGGCCGAGAGUGCAAGGGGCGGUGGCGGUGCCAGAUGUGAACCAGGUGCUGCGGCUACUUCGGGGCUUGCCACGCUUGCAGGAUUUGCAGGAGGCUUCUGAAGGAGGCCAACUGGCAGAGGAGCUCCGGACAUCGCUGAGGAGCCUGCGACGAGCUCGGGCCUUGCAAGAGGUCUUGCUACAUGAGGCUGCACGAACACUGGAUGUGCUUGGCCGCGAGGUGGCGGAGGCCUCCCUUGGCCCAGUGUUGGCCACCUUGGGCUUCGAGCGGAACGAGGAGGACGAAGCGGUGCUGGGGGCGUUGAAGGCCAUGCAGAACGCACUGCAAGAAGAACUGGUGGCCGGAGAGGCUGAAGAACUCAUCCGGAGCCCCUUUCGCAGGUUUGUGCAGAGCCUUUUGAGACGAAUGGGCACAAGGCUAAACGCUCGUCAAGGCCUCUUUGAGAGUGCUGAUGUGGCCCGAGUGCUUUGGGAGGCGAGACCCUUCGCUAUGGCUCUGCAGAUGCGUUUGAUGGCCAUGCUGUGGCCUGUCACGAAGGGCUGGGAGGGCUUGAGCGCGAGCGAACAAGCAAUUUGGUAAAUCGGGUGUCGAGUGGAAGCCCUGAUGCGUUGGUGACUACCUGGAUGUGGACCUGGUACUGUAGGUUUUCGACAAGGAUAUCUUGAUUCCAUCCCGUUAUAAGCACGCCAUCCAACGUUUUGGGUCGGUGCCGACCAUGUUGGGUGCGACUUACAGGCUCCAAAGAUUUGAGCGGCGUCUUGGAGAUAAUGAAAAAUUAUGUGUAUAUAUAUACAUAAUAAGUUAAUAAUAAUAUUAAAGUUUCGGAUUCGUAAAAG